AUGACCCGGUACGUGUUUAACGCUAAAGAUAGGCGGUUAACGUUAGCGUUAACGCCAGCCGGAACGGUCGCUUCGGCCAACCAACGAACGGACGCUAUCUUCGGUCACAUGAACCGAGGGGCAGCUGAGGAACAGCCGCAGCGAGUACCGCUGAAAGAUGCAGUGUGCGCUCGCAUUAACGACGAAACGAAUUUACUAAUGCAUAGUAGUGCAGCGACGACGGCAACGACGAUUGACAACGGAAACGAUGCGACCGCACGGCAAUGGUGGUCCUCACUCGGCAAGAGCAGACGCGCCACAAAGUUCGUUUCGCCGUUGACAUUUAUGAGCCGAAGCAUCGCGUCGCCACAUCUUCGCGACAGCGACAUUCAAAGCUGGUCGGUCACUGACUGUCCAUCGUCUACUACGUACCGCAGUACUAGACUCCAGUGCUCGUUGGAAAUGGAGCACCACUUCGCCGAAUACAUUCGUUCGUUGUCUGCGAUUUGCCGUCUACAGUGCUUUCUUCUCUAUCUUCUCCUCAACGUUUCGCAUGUCCCGCAACAGUCUGCAGUUUCUGUCGCUUUUAAAUGUCGGUACUACCGCUUCGUCUCGGUUGAUGCGGCGCUUAACGGUCAGUAUGAACUCGGUCUCGUUCUUCCUCGCCACUUUGGGCGCGUUUCAUGUCCAUCUCCUGUUGGCCUUCGUCUUGAACACGGUGCUGAUAAUGCGCAGGUGUUUCGUUUGUGCAAUGAUUACCAGCCGAGUUCUUCGCUCAUUUCUACGGUGCCAUACCAUCCUUUUCAUCCUUGA